AUGAUGGAGAAGCUGGAGCUCGGUGUUGCGUCGGUGUCGGUGUCGGUGUCCGGCGCCCGCUCCCCGAGCCCCCAGGUCUGCUCCGUGCUGCUGUCGCCCCUCUCGCCCCCUCCGGCACCACGCAGCGUCCAGCGACUGCCCAGCGAGCCCAGCAGCAACGGCGGAGACGGCGGGAGUCCGCCGACGGCUAAUGGCGGAGGGAGCCGGGGAGACGCGCAAGAUGGCCGCGCAGGCGCCCAGUCGUCCACACCUGAGCCCGUUGCCGUGGCGAUGGACGAGAGGGAGAAGAAAGAGGAGGAGGAGGAGAAGAAGGUGGUGGAGGAGCUGGACAGGAAGGAGGGAGAUAUGGACACUCAGCCUGACGCCUCAGAGCCGACGACGACAACGCCACCUUCUCAUCCUCAUCAUCCUCCCCCUCUUCCUCCACCUCCUCCCCCACCCAGCCUUGUGCCUUUCACAGCCGAGCCGAAGGUGACUGUAACCUCCCCCCACAGUCGCACAAUGACCCCCACUUCCACCCACACCCCCACCUCCUCCACCUCCUCCUCACCCUCGUCGUCCACCCCAUCCCUGGCACCAGCCUCUUUCUCCCUCCCGCCCAACAUCCCGGUCAUCAGCCUGGGCCACAGCAAGCCUCCGCUGCCCCCUCUCCGCCUGCCCCCCCCGCAGCUGACCACCCUCCACCCCAUCCCCAACCUCCCUCACGGGCCCCUGGACGGUCGCCUCACCCAGCUCACCGCCCUGCCUGGAUCCAACGCUGCUGCCGGGUCCGCCACCGGCAUGCUCCCCUCUGGACCCAUGCUGCCCGGGGGGUACCACCUCCUCAACAGUUCCUUCCUGGGUCCACCUGGCGGUUUUGGGAUCUUUGGUAAUAACCGCAUCAAGAGGAGACCAUCAUCCCAUUUUGAAAUGGAGCUCCCUGAUGCGGGGCCUCCCCAGAAGCUGGCCCGGCGGGUGUUCACCAACAGCCGUGAGCGCUGGCGGCAGCAGAACGUGAACGGCGCCUUCUCGGAGCUGCGCAAGCUCAUCCCCACGCACCCACCCGACAAGAAGCUGAGCAAGAACGAGAUCCUGCGCCUGGCCAUGAAGUACAUCAACUUCCUGGUCAAGCUGCUCAACGACCAGGCCACUGACCGCUCCACCCAGCCACACGACGACGGCGUGCAGGACGAGGAAGAGGAGGAGGAGGAGGUUGAAGGGGAGGGCGAUGAGGAGGAAGGGGAGGAUGAGGACGUCAAGAGCGUCCAGCGCGGACUGAAGCACAGCCGCGCGCCCACGCUCUCGUCCUCCCUGCCCUCGCACGCCCCCAUCCCCCUGGUCCCCGCGCGGGCCGCUCUGACCGUCGCGCUGUGCGACAGGGACGCGGACGCCGUGAUGGCGUCACUGGGCGUGUCACCAGGCUCCAGUUGCUACGGCGACACGGACAGCGAGGAGAGCCUGGGGCCCAGGAGCGCCGAGCUCAAGGGCGGGGGCAUGAUGGAGAAGGUGAAGGAGCAGAUCCGGACGGUGGCCAUCCCCAGCCACCAGCGGUGACCCCCGCCGGCCGCCCCCUGCAUCCACAGACUGGCCCGGAGGGACGCAAACUGACAAGUGGCCACGUGCGGGCAUAAUGGACACGGUCACUGUUGUUGUGGAUAUUUGUGUGUGCUCAAGAGUGAGACGUUUGAAAUCGUAGUUGAUAUGUAAGUGUAGUGGUUGUUCAGUUUACAGUCUUGCAGCUCAGUUGUUUUGUUUCUUGAUUCAUGGCAGCCUUAAUGACCAUAAUGUUUGUUUCUUUCUGUCCCGCGUAAUGCAGGGAACACAGAAGCAUUGCGAAUCUCAAAAAAAAAAAAUCCCAUCUCAGUAAAAAUCAUGUCCCUUCGCGGGCUCCGUAGCAAUGAACCAUAUGUGAAUUUAUAGUGAGUCUUUUAUUUUUUACGUUUUGUAUCAAAUUUGUAUCAUAAAUAUUUCUGUCAUAAAUGACUCCAUCGUAAUGGUGUAAUGGCAAACACAUAUUUUGAUGCAGUGUGGUAUAGACAUUGAGAUAAAUUAUCCCUUUAUUUCUGUGCAUUCUAUGGAUCUUAAUUCUUUGUGAGAGGUCUUUUUUACAUAUACACACAUACGCAGUAGAUUUAGAGACACCAAGAUACAUUGAACGCACAGGAAUGUUUUCUAGUUAUGACCUCAAAGGUAUAUCAUUGUUCCAAAGCAACGGAAGCAUUCAAAAACAAAAGCUGUCAUAAUACACUGUUCCAGUGCAGGUUUGUACAUAUUUUGAAUUGGUCUCUAGUUAACUCUAUAAGCUCUGGAAUAGAAAUGAAUAGCAUUGUGUGGCCCAUAUCUCAUAUCUCUCUGUCAUGUUGACCAAGCAGCUUUUACUUGACGAAAGGGACAUUUCUCAGAAGGUAGUCAAGGGGCAAGGUAGCAUUUCUCUGUCUAAGCUUACGAUGGCAAAAGAUCAAUUUCAUCACAUAUAUUGACUUGAGCUGUGACUGGAAAAAAGGAAGAAAAACAUGAGCAUGCUAAUGUGUCAGAGUGAUCAUUCAGACACGCACUGUCACGUUUGAGGUUCUCUCAUUUUUACUUUUCAUGCAAGCAAUUGGGGAAAAAGUAACAUCUCCACAGUGGGAGGAUGUUGUGACAUUCAGCAUUGUAGAAAUUGUGGAAAUAAAUUAUCACUGAGCAACACUGUU